AUGCUAGUUCUCGAUCCCACCAAGGCCUGGCUCCCGCUCUGGGGCCUGCUCCUCACGACUAUCUGGGUGCAGGGCGCACCAGUGGAUGGUCUAGUCACUAGUCCUCAGUGUGAUAAUCUCAAUGACGCGAUUCAGAAUAUCGAGCAGGUACAGGCGUACCUCCAGGGUAUGCUGUUCGGCGGCCUCCCCCUCUCCGCAUCGGACGCGCACGACAUGGUCUCCCAGAUCUUCGAGGCGCUCGAGAAGCCUGUCGCAGAGGUGAAGGCACUGAGGGAUACGACCUGCCAGCUGCAGCUGUUCAGAAGGACACAUCUGGUGGAGCGACAGGACUCGACGCCGGUAUGCAAGAUCAUCGACCAGGUCCACGACGAGCUGGUGCAAGUGGACGGCAUGGCGGAUAAACUGGCGGCACUCCCGGGUGGUGAUCUUCUAGACACGCCGGGGAUCAAGGAGCAGUUGGCGAAUGCCGAGGCCAACCUCAAGACGGCGCAGCGGCUAUUUCGAGAUGCUGGGUCUUGUCCUGGGGAAUGA